CGGCAAUAAAUAGAAAUAGGAAGCACACAAACGCAUCGGUCACAAAUGAGCGGAUGACGUUUGUGGACAAAACGCGCUCAACAAAUUAAAAUUAGUCACUCAGUUUGGUGCGCACUCGCGUAAAGUCAUUUUUCCGAUUCGAUAAAUCUUCAACUUAUUAUUAGAUGCGUCGUGCGUGCGCCCGACUCGUUAGCCCGCGGCGCGCGUGAAAUUUCGAGGACUGUGUGGUUUUUUGUUUCUCUUUGCAAAUUUUUGUUUUGCGGCAGUAAAUUUGCUUGUCGCAAAUGAAACCCGACGUGACAGAGACUUAUUUUAAUUAGUAACUUGGCUCGGAUUGUUUGCGCGCUUCUUCUAGAAACAUGCGAAAUAGAUCAUAAUUUUUGAAUCACGCGAGUUUCAUUCAUUGUUUGCGCGUGGCGGAUGGUUCUGCCAAAAUUGCAUGAUUUAACUUUAACGACGCGUUUAUCCGCAUGCGCCGUGGGCGAUAAAACAAAAUAUCAAUCUUGCAACAAGCAAAAAUAUAUUGACAACAAUGGCUACCUGGAUGAACGUGAUUUUGCUUGUCUUGCUUUGCGCGCGACAAUCAUCGAAGGCAAGGGCGAGUUCAGUUUCUCGCGACUGCAGGAAUAUCAACAUAUCAUGCUGAGUCUAUGGGAGGAGAUUUCGGAACUUGCGGACUUCAAUAAGGAACUUUUGCAGGACGGCAAAAUCACCACCGAGGAGUUCAAGCAAGCGGUGCAGCAGUGCUGCAUGGGUCGGCGGUAUGAGGAUUUCCCACAGGCGAUGAAGAUGUUCAUCGACUCCAAUUUCAAGAUGGUUGAUCUGAAUGAUGAUGGCCUCAUCGGCGCUGACGAGUAUCGUUUUGCGUGCAUCACGAAGUUUGCCAUCGAGGACAUUGAAAUCGUCGACGAGGCAUUCAACAAUCUCUUAAGCGACGAUGAUAGAAGACGAGGCGGACUUACUUUAUCACGAUAUCAAGAACUCUACGCGCAGUUCCUGGGAAAUCCGGACGAAUCCUGCCCAGCGGUGUAUUUAUUCGGACCUUUAACCGAAUAUUAUCGGGAUGAAGAUUAAAACCGGGCUGUGGGACGUACCGCGUACAAAUGUUUAUUUACUGUGUAUUUAUUUGAGUUGUAAUUGUAAGUUUUAAAAGAUUUAUAAUAGUAUUAUUUGCAUUACCACAAGCAAUGAAUUCGAAAUAAAUGUGAUGAUUGGGUUGCCUA